AUGGCAACGAUUGGUGUUACUGCCUCCAUACAAAGAGCUUGCAAUUCUCAACAUAUAACCAAGAAACAGCCACCUCAAACUAGACCUGCACGUUUAAAGCAAGCAACAAAUGUUGUCACUCCCAAUCUUGAUGGCCUUAAACUAGCUGAUAAUCAAGAGAAAUCUACAUUCCUUACUACUGAAACUCCCAGGGGAGCUAGAGAUGAAAUCGACCAUUGGAACGAUGCAGAAUCGUUGUAUCCAAGAUUUUCAGAUGAAAGAUGGAAGAAUGGGACGUGGGAUCUAAAUAUGUUUGUUAAGCAUGGUAGAAUGGAUUGGGAUACUAUGAUUACUUCUGAAGCGAGGAGAAGAAAGUAUCUUGAAAAGCAUCCAGAAGCAGCAACCCAUGAAGAACAGGUGCUAUUUAGAAGCUCUGUCAUACCUUGGUGGGCAUGGAUCAAGCAUUCUCAUCUCCCUGAGGCUGAGGUCCUAAAUGGUAGAGCUGCAAUGGUGGGAUUUUUCAUGUCCUAUAUUGUGGAUGCUUUAACAGGGCUUGAUGUGGUUGGUCAGGCAGGAAAUUUCAUAUGCAAGGCUGCUCUGUUUCUUACAAUUAUUGGAGUGAUCCUUUUCAGAAAGACACAAGAUUUUGAAAAUAUACAAAAAUUAGCAGAGGAAGCUACAUUUUAUGACAAGCAAUGGCAAGCAUCAUGGCAAAAUCACGAUGAUCCUAAAAGGUAA